CCGGUGCCGAAUAUUCAUUUAGAAGAUAUCUAUGUUACCACUGCGAGAGUAGACAUAAACAAAAGACGGGCUCUGAAAUAUCAAUGUUUUUGCUGCCGAAAUUGCGGCCAAGUCGGAUACGAUCAUUGUAUUUAAUAAAUCUGACAUUAACUUAUUGGAUCCGUUAAUUCCAUGGCCAUGCAUAGCGACUUAUCGUUGCGAGUAAGUGUUUUCUCCGAGCAAGGAGGAAGAAAAUACAUGGAGGAUGUUACCGAGGUGGUGUUGGAGUACGAGCCGAGCGAGGACGAGCUUGGCUCGGUCGGACAUGGGGACUCAAAGGCGGACUACCAUCCUGAAGAUCAGCUUGCUGAGCAGCCCUCCUCUCAUGCAUCAGAUUCUCUCUCCGAAACAGCAACUUCACCAGUCAAUGUUGUGUGGACUCAGAAAAUAACCACAGAGGAACAGGUAGAUAAUGCCAGUGUAGACAUUAACGUUAACUGUGCAGAGGAAACGUCUAUACGGUUAUCGCAACCAAAGGCAGAAUCUGCAUCGGAGUCGCGGAGGUCUGUGGCAUUUUUUGCCGUUUUCGACGGUCAUGGAGGUCGGGAGGCAGCACAUUUCGCUCGGGAUCACCUAUGGGACUUUAUAAAAAAGCAACGGGGAUUUUGGUCCAAAGACUACAGGGAUGUAUGUGUUGCUAUUCGAAAGGGUUUCAUAGCCUGCCAUCAUGCAAUGUGGAAAAAGCUCCCUGAAUGGCCAAAGACCAUUACUGGUCUUCCAAGCACCUCAGGCACAACGGCCAGUGUUGUAGUGAUCCGUGGAGACCGCAUGUAUGUGGCGCAUGUGGGAGAUUCAUCUGUUGUGCUCGGGGUCAGGGAAGAUCCCACAGACAAGGUCAUCAAAGCUGUGGAGGUCACACAAGACCACAAGCCAGAGCUCCCCAAAGAGAGGCAACGAAUCGAAGGCCUUGGUGGCAGUGUGGUGAAGAAGUCGGGGGUGAACCGUGUGGUGUGGAAGAGGCCCAGGCUGACUCACAAUGGACCCGUGAGAAGGAGCACUGUCAUAGACCAGAUCCCGUUCCUUGCUGUUGCUCGAGCACUUGGUGAUCUGUGGAGUUACGACUUCUACAGCGGAGAGUUUGUGGUGAGUCCAGAGCCAGACACCAGUGUGGUGACGCUGGACCUCAGGCGGCACCGCUACAUCAUCGUGGGCAGCGACGGCCUGUGGAACAUGGUGCCCCCUCAGGAAGCAGUCACAGUGCUGCAGAGCCACGACGAGGCGGCGGCUCCUUUUGGCAUGUCCUGUGCCCGGAGGUUAGGCUGCCACGCUCUCCUGCGGUGGCGCCAGCGCAUGCUCCGCGCCGACAACACCAGUGUCAUCGUCAUCGCCCUGCCCGAGCCGGGCAAGCCGCAGCUGCCCAUGCAUCGCGACGAGGUCAUCCUCAACCUGGCCGAGGGUCCCCAGCACGACCCACCGGCCGACUCUCGCGCCGACACGCCACUGAUCAAGCAGACACCUGAUCCGGUCAUCGUGUUCCCAUCAGGCGACUCGCCGCCCCCCUUAGAGCGAGCGAAUGGCCUAACAGGGGUUAGCCUCUGUGACCUGUCAGACUCCCUGGCCGGAUCAGACCCUGAGGACUCUGGCCUCUCGAGCACGGCCCUGACCGGCUGGUUAGACGAAGGGGAACAGGAACGGACCCCGGGGCCCCCUGUUGCUGCUGCUCCGUCCCUUUCAGGCCCUGUGGUCAAGCGGGCCCGCAGGGGCAUCCAGCGCUCCCUACACCACCCUUACCACCGCCGCAACGGCGAGCGGACACCUCUGAAGCGUGGUGGCGGCGGUGGCAGGGCCCAGAAACGAGCACCCAACGUCUCACCCAUCCUGCAGCAGCAGCAUCGGAAAGCAGCUCUGUGUGUGUGCUGAGCGCCAGCAAGUGGAUCUUCCCUUCUCUCUUUUCUCUCUCUUGCGCUCUCUCUCUCUCUCUCUCUCUUUCUGUCUGUUUUGCUCACACACACAGACAUGUACAUAUACGCAAUUCAGAGACUUGCCUCUCUAUAUCCAUUCUUGAGAAAAUGUUAUGAUCACAGGUAAGGUUGAACAAGCAAUGUUGUUGUAAACAUUUUAUGGACAUUACAUUGUGGUUACCUUUUAAAAUGUUGCUACUUUCAGAAUACUUUUACAUGACCUCUGUGCUCUUGUUCAUAAUUGGCUGUCCCUUGCUGGUGAUUCAUUUGAACUGAUAACUAUGACAGCCAAACAUUUUAAAUAUACUUUAAAAAGCACAGCCCCCAGCUAAAUUAACGUGAAUUAUCAUGAGUGCCUGUGUCAUGAUGCCUAUGUUUUUUUUAAAUGUAUUUGUUAACUUGUGUUUUUAUAUUUUGCUUGCAAUUUUUUGCUGAUAUUCUCGGUGGAUUUUUGUUGAAUGAGUAUGAAAAUGCAUUCACAUAGCACAUGCUUUUAACAUCUAAUUGGAAAUAAACAAAACCCUCAUUUUUAUGCCCAGUUUUACUUCAUAUGUAGUUUUUAAAAACCCAUUUAUGGAUACAGACACACAACAAAUUCUAACUGCAGUGAUGUAAAUAUGAGGAAAUGUUAUGUAGGUAUUUAAUGGUGAUUGAUAAACAGACAAACACAACUUCAGCUCUCAAUGGAAGUACUGUAAGAGUAUUCUAAAAAUAGCCUGUAUACGUGAGUCAUUUUGUGUGCUCCUGCUCAGGGCAUAAAUGACCAUAUGUAGGACCAUGUAACAAGUAUUCAUGCACUAAAACCUAAGAGUAAUGCUCCUCAUUUUGAUAACUCAUGGGAAAUAAUCCAUUCUGUCCAGCAGUGUUCAUGUGUCACAGUAUCAUAUAAGGCAGACUACAACAUUUUGGAGGUUAUUGUGAGAUGUUUUUUGUUUUUUGAGUGUGUGUGUGUGUGGAAGGAAGAAUUAAGAAUGUAUGAUUUCAUGUCAGCAUAUAAGCUUUUUCUUUCUUUCUUUCUUUCUUUCUUUAUAUAUUGACAUAACUCCUGGUAAUGAAAAACACUACCCGCAAAAAUUUGUUCAAGCCAGUUGUAAAUCUAAAAGUUCUAAAGGAUUUAUGAAUAUUUUGAAUAGAAUUACCAAUUAUAAACUGAGUUGUACGAUAUAUUUUUAUAUGUGAUAUAUAAAAGUCAAAAGAGACAUCAUUUACCUGAUCUCCAUGGUGGAAAUGUUCUCACAUUAAACUUCUCGCAGCUUAUGGCAUAGUAAAUAACAUCCAAAGUUUCGUCAUAUUUGUAUGUCUGCACCUCUUGAUGUUUCAAUAGGCAUGUCUCCUGAUCUUUAAUACGGUAGUCAUCAUCGACAAAAACAUCAGAAAUAAACUUGACUGAUGUCAGGUUUUUGCUCAGUACCAGAGGGACAUGCUUGUCCAUUCUGAGGUUGUUGAAAGAUUCUGUGGAAAAAAAUAUUUGCUCUUCCAAUAGAUCCCCUGUAAGUGUUCUUUGGCUGUUUUGUAGAAUAUAGUUGGACCACUGCCUUUGGUCAAGGAAUGGUCUGUGCAGCUAACCCAAUAAUCAAGUUUAUCAGAUAUACUCUCCAUUAAGUAUUACAUUAAUUUUGUAGGCUGGUCCUUUUGAUGCGUUUUGGGUGCUAUGAUUUCAAGCAUAUUCAUUUCUUGAAAUGUUCAUGAAAAUAAUUUAACUGUGUGUUAUGUCGUCAAAAAUGCAAUGUAAAAAGAAAGUUGGACUUAGUUUGACCUUGCAAUUGGGUACAUUUUCACACCAGGGUGUGUCUGCGUGUGUGUAUGAGAGAGCCUUUCAGGCUUCAUGCAUCUAUAUUGUGUGGUGCCGGUCAAAUUGCACUGUUUUUUUUUUUUUUCUUCUCAUGGGCAAUAUUAACAUCACUUGUGCUGUAAAUACAGCUUUUUUCUAAAUAUGUAUUAUUGACUGUUGGACAUGAUGUUUGGAGCUGUAACAGAUUCUGGACGACUAGAUCUUUUUUUUUUUUUUUAAUUUUUAACUUUGAUUUUAUAUUUCCGUGAUAAUUGGUUGAAAGGGAUUUUAUUUAAAUACAGCAGUGAUCCUUUCCGGGGAAACCACCUUCCUUGUAUGGCUAAUGAUGCAUCUCCCGGCUGUCAGUACAGUAAGCAGAUUUACUUUAUAGCUAUAUCAGGAUUCUGCAUGUCGAACAUUAUUUGUUAAGGGUAUAUUUUUUAUUAUUAUUUUUGUUUUUAUCUGGACAUGUAUUUUGAUGUCAAAGUGGUGGCCUGAACAAUAGGCACAAUUGUGAUCUGAUGUCAGUCUGGCUACAUGUUUACUGUGGUCAUUUACAUGUGUGCACAGUCUUGAUGUUGAACAGCUUCACUUUGAAUGUGACUGGACAUCAGUGUAUAGAAUAAACAUGUUUUCAGUAA